UUUGCUAAUCCUGAUUUUAUGGAAUCCAUUUCGGAUGUGGUUGAUGAAGUUAUACAGAACUGUCCCAUUGAUGUCCGGCGUCCAUUAUAUAAGAAUGUGGUCCUCUCAGGAGGAUCCACGAUGUUCAGGGACUUUGGACGACGACUGCAAAGGGAUUUGAAAAGAGUAGUGGAUGCAAGAUUGCGACUUAGUGAGGAACUCAGUGGUGGACGAAUAAAACCCAAACCAGUUGAAGUACAAGUGAUAACACACCACAUGCAGCGUUACGCAGUUUGGUUUGGCGGUUCCAUGCUGGCUUCAACACCAGAGUUCUUCCAAGUAUGUCACACCAAGAAAGACUAUGAAGAGUAUGGCCCUAGUAUUUGUCGUCAUAAUCCUGUUUUUGGAGUCAUGUCAUAAUGCUCGUCUGAUGGAAACAAGAUCUCUGAUAUCUUGCUGGUGAAGAAACUCACAUAAUGCAGAGGACGGCAGCAGAUACUGUAAAUACAGAAGCAGGAUGUGGUUAACUCUUGGAAGCAUUUGGAUCACCACAGUGCACUAAAGCACAACUUACAGCCCCAGGUCAUUUCAGUACAAGCCAUUUCUCUGCUGACUACUUUAAAGCCUAUCCUUCUUUCUUCCUAAAUGUGAGGUAAUUGAAAAUAGGUAAGUCUCGGUUUAGGAGGUUGUGCAAAUACUACUGAAACUGAAUCUAGAAGAAUAAGGCCGUGUUUUACUGCUUGUGGGAAGAUGUAAACCUUUCCCACUUGUGCCCUGAUUCUGCAAUCAAAUCUUCAGCAAUGGAGCACUAAAUACCACAUUGCCUUCAGGGGAGUUGGAAAGGUUGCAGGUACCUGCCCAGAAGGAUUAGAUUGCAGGAUUGGGACUGUACUUUGUAAAUGUAGGUUUUUCAUAUCAUUUUGUAUUUUAAGAUAUUGGUAGGGUAAAUUGAUGACUAGUUCUAAGCACGAACAGCUGUCAAUGUCAUGGAGUGAUGUUACGCAUUUCCAGGUGUGAGGCAUGUAUUGGAGUUGUGCUGGUAUUUUUUUGGCAAAAAAAAAAGCCAUGUAUGCUAGAAACUUGAUUUGUUCUUGUUUGGAUGACACAAGCUAAGUGAUUUACAGUAUUGUAUGAAGUUUAUUAUAGCCACUGUUACUUUGCUUUGGGUUUUCUGAAACUGUUUUAUAGAAGAAGAUGUUUUGUUUUGAUGUUGGUGAGUGGUGGAUGACACAUGGGCCUUGCACCAGUGAAAUAAAAGCUGUUAACAUCUUUA